UCAUGAUCCUUCCCUCCGUCGUCUCUGUUUAGAGCUAGAGCUUUACUUGAAGGUACGUAAAAGCCUCUCGCCAUGGACGCGCCUGGCGCGACAGAGGCUUUGGAGAGCUCCCGCCAGGAUACUCCGGACCAGGAUGCCCCUGCCCGAUCUACCCCCCGACAGAGUCCGCGGCCACAGACCGAGGCCGAAGACAUUAAUGACGACCACGACUACGAUCACGAUCACGACGAAGACUCGACUGAAACAGAAGUAGGACCAAGAGGGGAUGAGAGUGAGGGGGAGGAAGAGGAAGAUGAUGAGCCGCACCUGAAGUAUGAAUAUUUGACCAAGCAAUUGGGCGCCGUUUAUCGGAACGGAGAUGCAACAAGCUCCUUCCUCGCCGCUGGAGACAAACUAAUAAUUGGAACGCAUAACGGGAAUAUUCAUGUACUGUCCUUACCUUUAUUUCGAUCCCUUCGCGUAUACCAUGCACAUUCUGCAAGCGUUACAUCGAUUUCGAUUUCGCCGUUCCCCCCUCCUCUGCCUAAUUUGAAGCAUGAUCUUUCUAGUAGAUUUGCCGAAGACCAAGGAGCGCCCGCAAAACCGUUAUCCAGCGGAGGUAGUAUCCGAGGUCCAUCCAAGCCAGGCCCUCAAGCCGUUCUUCCGGCAAUUCCUUCGAACUCCAUAUAUGUUGCAACCUCCUCAAUCGAUGGAAACGUAUGUGUUGCAUCGUUAGUGGAUAAGAAGGAUAUUCUUUUGCGAAAUUUCGGUCGGCCGGUCCAGGCAGUCGCUCUUUCACCAGAGUACAAGAGCGAUCGGUCAUUCUUGUCGGGAGGACGAGCAGGGGAUUUAAUUCUCACUACUGGAGGCCGGGUUGGCGUAACUACCAAUUCUACGACAAUGGGAGGUGCAGCGGCUGCUGCUUCAAACUGGUUUGGUGCUCUUGGACUGGGGCCCAACACUGGAAAGGACACUGUAUUGCACAGUGGCGAAGGAACUAUUAGCACAAUUAAAUGGUCGCUUUCCGGAAAGUAUGUGGCUUGGGUUAAUGAAGAAGGGAUCAAAAUUAUGCGAUCAAACCUCCAUUUAGAUUCUGCUGAUUCAGAAUUCGCAUGGAAACGUAUCAGCCACACGGAUCGUCCCAAUCGUCCCGGAUGGGAGGAGAUGGCCAGUGUUUGGAAAGCUCGUGCUGAAUGGGUGGACGAAACUGCCUUGGAACAUGACGCAAUGUUAGAAGGCAAAGGAGAAGCAGAAGUUGAUGAGCCGUCAACCCCAACCCAAUCUACAGUGAUCAAGGAAAGGUUGGAAAAACUGGUAGUAGGCUGGGGGGGCACCGUGUGGGUAAUCCAUGUCUACCCUGAUCGGCCGAACAAGAGCAAUAAAGACCAGAAAAUUGGAUCAGUUGAAGUUGCUACCAUACUCCGAACGGACUGUAUUAUAUCUGGAAUUUCGCUAUAUACACCUAGCCUCCUGGUUGUCCUCGCGUACAUGGAGGCAGAAAAUGAUUCACCGGACCAGCAUGGAAGCCAAGAUGGGGCUCACAUUGGUGCACGUCGCCGACCACAAGGGCUAGAGCCUGAGCUUCGAAUUAUUGACAUUGAAAGCAAAGAGGAGCUCAGUGCCGACACUUUGUCGGUUAACCGCCAUCAGAGCCUUACGUCGUCGGACUACCACUUGUGUGUUUUGCCCCCUUGGAAAAUGAACGUCCCUGUUUCGCAGCGCGGAGCACUGGAAACCCUGGGAACUGGUCUUUGGGAUGCUACAAUGUAUCCUGCACGGUUGUUUAGUUCAGCUGCGAGCAUCCGCAGUACUGCGAGCAGUGGAGACAAGGCUUCUAGUAGGGCACCAAGUACCUUUGCAUCACGGCGACUUCCUCCUCAUGAGCCUCUCUCGAAAGAAGUGCAGGAGGUUGCAGAGAGCACAGGUGCUAAGAUAUUUGUUCAUAGUCCUUAUGAUUGCGUUGUUGCCCUUAGAAGAAGCCUUUCAGAUCAUUUGGCAUGGCUUAACGACCAUGGCAGGUACGAUGAAGCUUGGAGGCUUCUCGAUGAACAUCCUGAAGCAGCAGGGCCAAUAAGUGAGGGCGGAGACAGCAUGUCCAUAACCCAGGGGGGGAGAGCUCAAAGUCUGGUCGAUUUAUUUGCCGACGAUAUGUCCUCGGUAACAGCCACAGACCGUGGUAGUAUCUCGGCUGCGGAGUUGGAAAAACGUCGCAUUGGUGAGCUUUGGAUAGAGCAGCUCUGCGGGGGGGGUAAAUGGCAGGAGGCUGCUGGAGUUUGCGCGAAGGCUAUAAAUACUACACCAAGAUGGGAACACUGGGCCUGGUUAUUCAUCAAGAAAGACAAGUUCGAUGAAAUUUCAGCUGUUCUUCCUACUGAUAUACACCCACCUUUAUCCUCCACGAUUUACCAAGCCAUCCUGGAACACUAUAUCACAGAAGACCGGCAAAAGUUUAGUGGCUUUAUAGACUCCUGGCCAUUUGACCUGUUCGACGUCGAAGAUUUGACCGCAACCGUCGAGGAACAACUCGAACCUAAAACCGUGGCUCCCGAUACAAAUGACUGGCAAGUCCUGACCAGGUGCCUUGCUAAACUGUACCUAGCUGGCGGUCAUUACAGUGAAGCAUUGCGCUGCUAUAUUCGGCUUCAAGAUGCAGACACUGCGAUGGCUCUGAUCAAAGAUCACAGGCUUCUAGAUGCGCUUUCAGACGACAUUCCCGCAUUUAUCAUGAUUCGCGUAUCGAAGGAGCAAAUGAAGUCAGCACCUAUUUCCGAACUCGAAGAAGUCACUGCUGAACCUAUUAAACUGCUGGUCAGUGAGGCACACACGGGAAUUGUCCCACCAGCUAUCGUUAUCGAGCAAUUGCAGACGGCUAACAAAUCCCUGUUUCUCUUCUUCUAUUUACGAGCUCUUUGGCGAGGAGAAUUCCUUCCUCACGGUGCUGAAAAGCCUCGGCGGGGGCGUAGUACGAGAGAUGCAGCGAGCAAAUUAGCGGCCGAUGAAGGAAAAGCACUUAUUGAUCGGUUUGCGGAUACAGCUGCGGAACUCUUUGCGGAGUAUGACCGUCCCUUACUCAUGGAGUUCUUGCAGACUAGCAUCUCAUACUCUUUUGAUAAAGCCGUGGCUAUCUGUGAACAACGCCAUUUCACGCAGGAGCUCAUCUACCUCUUGUCAAAAACGGGACAGACAAAGAGAGCCUUGAAUCUCAUUCUCUCUGACUUGAAAGACGUAUCCCAGGCUAUCUCAUUUGCUAAAUCCCAGGAUGAUCCAGAUCUUUGGGAGGACCUGGUCGACUAUUCUAUGGACAAACCCCGUUUCAUUCAUGGUCUGCUCGUAGAAGCUGGAACCUCCAUCGACCCGAUUAAACUUGUCCGUCGUAUUCCCAGCGGACUCGAGAUCGAAGGUCUUAGGGAGGGCCUUACGCGAUUGCUGCGCGAGCACGACCUCCAGGCAAUCAUAUGUCAAGGGGCCGCCAAGGUACUCCAGAGCGAAGUUGCAGUUGGCAUGGACACCCUGCGUAGCGGCCAACGACGAGGAAUCAAAUUCAACGUUGUCGAAGAGAAGCCUGCGGGGCCUGAGGCUGAAGCUGAGGCCGUAGCUGACAACGACGAGACAAAGGAGGCAGCUGGCGGGAAGACAUCCAACUCACCCUCACCACAGGCUGGAAGGUGCGCAGGUUGUCACCGUCCUUUCCGUGCUAAUGAAAAAGAAAUCCUCGUCGCCUUUGCCUGCGGCCACGCAUUUCAUUUAUCCCACGUCCAUUCACCCGGAUCGCUCUCUGCCAUCCACACCCCGGCCGAGUCAGCCAUCCACACCCCGAGGCCUCUUUCCCCAUCCCGCACGCCAGCCCUAGAUGAAAUUUCGCUCUCCGGUUCCCGAACUGUCGGUCCAAAGGUAACCACCGCGCGCCUUUUGCGUGAUAGGGUCGGUGGUGGGUGCCGCAUAUGCGCUUUGGCCAAGGAGAUUGAGGCUCUUGGGGAUUCGGAGGUGUAGACAGACUACCACCCAGAUCAUUUUGGUCCUUUCUUGUCCGAUAACGCGGGGUUGGCUGUUGAUUGUCAAAUAUAUUUGUUCAGUGGGUGUAAGUGUCGGUCGUGCUGGGGCGUCUGGGCCUUUUGACUUUUUGAGAUAGAUUGUGCUUUUAUCUUUAUCUGGUGUGCUGGUGGUCCCGCUCAGCAGUCCGUAUAUAAUACGACUUGAAAAGGGCGAUAUAUGUGAUUUAUACGAAGAUACCCAUGAGAAUACCAUUUAACACGC